GAACCAGUCCCAGACCCCAACUCAGACACCCAGCCAGGUCCACCAUGAAGUCCACAGGGAGCGAACAGGGUGCCGUGCCGGACGGUUUCCCCUCCGACCUGGACGAACUGGAUAGCGGAAGCGAGGAGAGCUCCGACAACAAGUCGACGGGCGGCGGCUGUAGCCCCCAGGGAGGGGGCCGGGAGCGGGCCAGGCAGAGGGAGAGGGGGUGCAGCAGGCGUCUGCAGGGCAUUAGCAAACAGAGGCAGGCAGCCAAUGCGCGGGAGCGGGACCGGACCCACAGCGUGAACACGGCCUUCACCGCGCUGCGCACCCUCAUUCCCACAGAACCAGCCGACAGGAAACUGUCCAAGAUCGAGACGCUGCGCCUGGCGUCCAGCUACAUCUCCCACCUUGCCAACGUGCUGCUGCUGGGGGACGAGUGUUUGGAUGGACAGCCCUGUCUCGGGUACCACAGCAUCUUGCAGAGCAGCACCAACAUCAACAGCAGCAGCCCCCCGCUCAGGCCCAUAUGCACUUUCUGUCUCAGUAACCAGAGGAAAACGCUCAGAGAUGGAGGAAAGCACACAGCCAUCUGACAUGGGCACGCACUACUGUCAAGACAAGGACGCAACAAGCAACAAGGAUGUAUACCAAGUCACACGGAUGUUUACACGUACCUACGAGUGGGAAAAAAACGAUAUAACCUUGUACAUAUUUUUGCAAAAUCUUAGG